ACCUUUAUGAGAUCGGCUGAAAUAAAAAAUAAGAAAGGUCUGGGAACAAAUGACGUCGUUUCGAAGACGUAUUUGAGUUUUGAGCACCCAACAAUUGAACGUUUUCCUUUUGGGAGCAGAGUUGAGAAAGAAGAAAGCCUUCAUAAAUGUCGACAGUGUACGUUUUGGAACCGCCGACGAAGGGGAAAGUCGUACUUAACACGACGUAUGGGCCAAUAGAUAUAGAACUAUGGCCAAAAGAAGCACCAAAAGCUGUAAGGAAUUUUGUUCAAUUGUGUCUCGAAGGUUACUAUGAUAAUACCAUUUUUCAUCGUGUUAUCAAAUCUUUCCUUGCUCAAGGUGGUGACCCUACCGGCACCGGCACUGGUGGUGAAAGUAUAUAUGGUAGUGUGUUUCCUGAUGAAUUUCACUCCCGUUUAAGAUUCAAACAUAGGGGUUUGGUGGCAUGUGCCGGAGCAGGCACACCAAAUUCAAAUGCAAGUCAAUUCUUUAUGACUUUGGAUCGUUGUGACUUUCUCGACAAGAAGCAUACAAUCUUUGGAAAAGUAACUGGGGAUUCAAUAUAUAAUCUUAUUACAUUGGGUGAAGUUGAAACCGGCAAGGAUGAUCGGCCUGUUGAUCCUCCACCUAAGAUACUAUCUGUAGAGGUAUUAUGGAACCCUUUUGAGGAUAUUGUCCCAAGAGCAAAGCCUGCAGAAGCUUUGCCUUCUGGAGUUUCAACUGAGAAGAAAGAUGCAAAACAGAAAGCUACCAAAAAGUUGAACUUGCUUUCAUUUGGAGAAGAAGCAGAAGAGGAGGAGAAAGAGCUUGUAGCUGUGAGUUCAAGGAUAAGAAGCAGUCACGAUGUCUUGGAUGAUCCACGUCUGCUGAAGGAAGGAAAACAUGAUCAAGCUUUGGACUCAUCUGAAGGAAAAUCAACAAGGGAUGUGCAGUUGACCAUCAGAGAAGCUUUGGGAUCAAAGAAGGAAGCGUCUCGUAAAGAAUCAGAAGCGGGUUUUCAAGAAUCCCUUGACAACAGUGAUGAAGAUGAGGCUGGCUUUGAUUCACGAAUGCGUCAGCAGAUACUAAAAAGGAGGAAAGAACUUGGCGAUCCGCCACCCAAACAGAAGUUGCUCAGUGAGAAUGGGAAUGCAAGAAAUCGUUCACCAUCUCCUUCAAGGUGCAGGUCUGAUGCUAAACAUGAUGAUGACCAGCCAAAAGUGGAUAAGUUGUCUCUAAAGAGAAAAGGUAUAGGAUCUAAAGCAAGAGCUGAACGUAUGGCCAAUGCAAAUACAGACUUACAGUUGUUGUCUGGCCCUGAACGAGAAAGACAGCUGCUAAAGCAAAAGAAACGAGGACGAAAAGGACACGAAGAAGACAUGCUAGCAAAAUUGGAGAAAUUUAAGGCUGGACUGUCUGCUAAAGCCAAUGAAUCUGCUAAUGCGGUCAAGGAGGAAGAAUUAUCUGAUUGGGCAGCAGUUACAUUAAAAUUCACUCCUGAACCUGGAAAGGACAAAAUGUCUCGUAGUGAGGACCCCAAUGAUUACGUGGUACACGAUCCUUUGUUGGAGAAAGGGAAAGAGAAGUUCAAUAAAAUGAUGGCAAAGCAAAAGCGACGAGAAAGAGAAUGGGCUGGCAAAUCUCUUACUUGAGCUGAAGAAACGAUGGAAUUGCUAUCUGUGAAGUUAUUCGGCAUUCAUAUUGAAGAGGCAAUGAUGUUGGUUCCUCUGUUUGUGAAGCAAAGAGCUUUGUACUGGGCCAAACUAGUUUGCUGAAAGUAUGGCAUUUUGAUUAUCAAUAUAUCCUCUUCCCAAAGAAGUUACAGAAGUGCCAAAUCAAAAUGUGAUAUUUUUCUUUUAUUUAAAAUGGACAGGAAAUGUUGUACCAAUAUACUUUUGGUUUCAAUGGAAUGUGGAAAUGAAUACUUAACAAUGUAAAUAUUUAUUGUUCCCAUUAAAAGAGGUCCGAGUCUGUUCAUAUGGACUACAAA